AUGGCUCCUCACGAACGGCUAAAGGCUCCUCACGAACGGUUGUGUAAUAGAACAGUGACGAGUGCUGACGACCCCAACAACACAGUGAUGAGUAUUGACGACCCCAACACAACAGUGAUGAGUAUUGACGACCCCAACACAACAGUGAUGAGUGCUGACGACCCCAACACAACAGUGACAAGUGCUGACGACCCCAACACAACAGUGACGAGUGCUGACGACCCCAACACAACAGUGACGAGAGCUGACGACCCCAACACAACAGUGACGAGAGCUGACGACCCCAACACAACAGUGACGAGAGCUGACGACCCCAACACAACAGUGAUGAGUAUUGACGACCCCAACACAACAGUGACGAGAGCUGACGACCCCAACACAACAGUGACGAGUGCUGACGACCCCAACACAACAGUGACGAGUGCUGACGACCCCAACAACACAGUGACGAGUGCUGACGACCCCAACACAACAGUGACGAACGGCAGCUCGGAGAGGCGCUGGCUCCGCGAGUCACUGAAAACAAACUUUCCCGCGAGGUUUAGCGACACGCAGCACAAAAACAAUAGACAUUCUAUCCCCCCAACAGUGUAUUGCCACAACGACCUCUACAUCAAUAACGGUAGGCUUGUGAUCAAUGGGACAUCAGUAGAGCUGGCCACAUACGUAACCUGUGCCAUCUCGCAUGCUCUGGCUGCCCCAACAGCCGCCAUUACAGAGCCACACGCCAUUAACCAAGAGUGGCAGCCACCAUUACAUGGGCCAGGACCUGGACCACAUGUGGCCAACCAAACACAGAUGUUGAAAUUACAGCUCUCACACUGCCAAUACAGACCAUAA